AUGAACAUCUUUCGAUUAACAGCAGAUUUGGCGCAUCUUAUUGCCAUUUUCAUUUUGGCACUAAAGAUGUGGACAACACGAUCGGUUGCUGGUAUAUCAGGCAGAUCACAACUUCUUUUUGCUGCUGUUUUCACAUCUCGAUACUUGGAUCUUUUCACCAAUUUUAUUUCGGUCUAUAAUUCGGUUAUGAAGGUUUUCUUCCUGGUAUCAUCUUUUGGUACUCUGUAUUUGAUGUGGAUUAAAUUCAAAGCAACUUAUGAUCGAAAUCAUGAUACAUUUCGUAUCGAAUUCUUGGUGCUUCCGUGUGUUCUUUUGGCUCUGCUUAUUAACCACGAAUUUACAAUCAUGGAGGUAAUGUGGACAUUUUCUAUUUAUUUGGAAGCCGUUGCGAUUAUGCCACAGCUCUUCAUGCUUUCUCGCACCGGAAGCGCCGAAACCAUCACCGCACAUUAUUUGUUCGCACUUGGUUCUUAUCGCGCAUUAUAUAUAUUGAAUUGGAUCUACCGCUAUUACACAGAAGGUUUUUUCGAUCCCAUUGCUGUCAUAUCUGGAGUCGUUCAAACCGUACUUUAUGCUGAUUUUUUCUAUCUUUAUGUUUCCCGUGUUCUACGUCAGAAGCGUGGUUUACAGCUGUCGGCAUAA